ACCGAUUUCGGCUUCGCGGCGGUCUGGGGGAGGGAGCGAGGCUUAUUAGUGAGAGACUGCAAAGGCGGGUUGGGAAAAAGCCGUGCCAGAAAAAUCGGAUUUUCUUUGGAGAACAGACGUGUGUCUGGAGUUCAAAACUAAAAGGGGACGUGGGGUUUGUUGCGUAGGGGAGGCCGGGGACCUUCCCUCCGGCAUUUAAGACAACAGGAGCCGUUUGUGUAGAAGCCAAAAGUCAGCUUUAUUGGGAAUUAUGGAUAAGUAAGGAUGAAGUGGAAAUAAGGUUUUUCCCGGCAGGGUUACUCCGUUUUUAGAGCUGUCUGAUAAAACAGAAUUCCAGACUUUUCAACAUUUCCUAUCCAGAAAGGGGGAAAGAUAAGAAAGAAGCAAAUUCACCUGUUGAAUGUCUACAUAUUCCAGCCUUGUGGUGGAAUUGAUUUCUUCUGGCAAAUGUGACCAAAUUCUCCCUUUAUUUACUUUUAAGCAGGAGAGACCAACAUGAUUUUCAAUCAGUGUUAAUUGCUUAAACUACUAUGGAGUUUGUAAGCCACGAUGUGAUGUAUAAGAUGUAAUUUCUGAGUGCACCCACUGCACUAAGUCAACCCAAAUUAGUUACGUAAUGACUUAGCUUGUUGCCUAAACCAAGGCAAACAGAAGCUAGCUACUUGGAUUGAUGUAAUACUGCUAUCUGCUCUAAUCAUAUCUGGUUAAUAUAGAAACACAAUGGCCGAACGGAUUGUUGAGUCUAUUCAGUAUGGAGGAAUAACUUUUCCCAGCAUCGUGCAUAGCGAAGAGAGUGUAUGUUACGCUCACCGGAAUUUUGAAGUGCGGGAUAGUGAUGUCUUCAACGUUACAUACCCCAAAUCUGGAACAACUUGGAUGCAAGAAAUUCUUACUUUGAUCUAUAGCAACGGAGAUCCCACGUUCUCACAGUCAACCCCUUGUUGGGAACGGAUGCCCUGGGUUGAACACAAGACAACAGUCCAGUACUUGGAGAACCGACCCUCUCCUCGGCUCAUUACUUCUCAUUUGCCUGCAACAAUUUUUCCAGAAAAGUUCUUCUCUUCGCAAGCUAAGGUUAUUUACACUGUCCGUGACCCCAGGGAUGUCUGUGUAUCGCUCUACCAUUAUACCAAGAUGACUUCAUUUCUGGAGUACAGGGAGGAUUUUGGAGAAUUCAUUGAGCUGUUUUCAGCAGGAAAAAUUCUCUUUGGCACCUGGUUUGAUCAUGUCAAAAGUUGGUUGGCCUACAAGAAUGAGAAAAAGUUUCUUCUCCUGGUCUAUGAUGAAUUGCUAAAGGACCUACGUGGCAGUGUUCUUCACAUCUGUGAAUUCCUAGGCAAGAAUCUGGAUCCUGCUGUGGUUGACUCAGUGGUGGAAAAUGCUUCCUUUGGAGUGAUGAAGAACAACAAGAUGGUGAAUUACACCUUGGUUUCUGAACAUCUGCUGGAUCAAAAGAUCAGCACUUUCCUAAGGAAAGGGAUUUCUGGAGACUGGAAAAAUCACUUUACUAAAGAGCAGAGUGCUGCUUUCUACCAGCUCUACCAGGAAAAUAUGAAUGGUUUAGAGACCAAAUUUCCUUGGGAUGAAUUCCAGGUUGAAAAACAUCAGGAAUCUUGAGAUUUUGGAGGGCAGAGGGGACUGCUGCAAUCCAAAAAUGCCAAACUUUGUGAAUUAUAAUAAUAUAUUUCAUUCAAAAUAGGCAGUCCUCAAAUUAUGACUGCAAUUGCUGUCACUAAAAAAUACAAUCAUAAAGCAUGACCUCGCACAAUCACAUCACUUAGCGACAGCAACCCAGACCUACCCUGUUUCCCCGAAAAUAAGACUCAACCUGAGAAUAAAUCCUAGCCUAAUUUUUCAGGAUGCUCGUAAUAUAAGUCCUACCCUCAAAAUAAGCCCCAGUUAAGAUUGUCAGCCAGAUGGAUGCACUUAGUACAGUAUUUCCCCCAAAAUAAGACCUAACCAGAAAAUAAGCCCUAAUCCGUCUUUUGGAGCAAAAAUUAAUAUAAGGUCCUGUUUUAUUUUAUUGUUGUUGUAACCCAAGAUAUGCAAGUUAUUAUGUGUGAAGCAAAACAAAUCCCAGGGAAAGAGUGAGCAGAUGCCACUGGGGGCGAGGGGGGGGGGAGAGGCCCUGAAAGGCCUGAUGCAGGCCAUGUGAGUGUAAUGUGCAUGCAUCAUGUGUUGGGGCCACAGGAAGAGGGUGUGGAGUGUGGGCACGUGCAUAUUGUGAAUGUCGAUUCAGUGGGCUAUGGAAAGAUGGUCUGGGGAAUGUGAGUGUGUGCAAGCACAGGGAAGCUGGAGCAGGGGUGAAAUGCUGCCAGUUCGGACCAGAUCGCCCGAUCCAGUAGCCAUGGCGGCAGGUGAUUCGGAGAACGGGUAGCAAAAAUCCCUCCCCCCCCAUGCCCAGCUGAGCCGCACGAUCAUCACAGGCUUUUUUUUACUUUUAAAAGCAUUUUUUCUUUGGUGGAAAAAAUGCUUUUAAAAUUUUUUAAAAAUGCCUCUGAUAAUCGCGCGGCUCAGCUGGGAUCGUCAGAGCCUUUUAAAAGCAUUUUUUCUACAACCUCUUUGCCCGAAAGCAUUUUAAAAGUAUUUUCUUUUAAAAGUAAAAAAAAAAAAAAUUUGGUCACACCCACCCAGUCACAUUACCCACCCACCCCCACCAACAUGCCCAUAGAACCGGUAGUAACAAAUUUUACAUUUCACCACUAAGCUGGAGAAUAUUAUGUUCAAUUGUGGGGAAGUUGUGGAAAGAGGGUACAUGUAGAUGAGCAGGCUGAGUUGGAAGGUGAAGUUAAACAUUCAUCAGUCUGGAGUCAUUGUGCAACCACAAGAGACCCAAGUCCAUCCCAUCCCCAUGAAUUCCAUUGACCCUUAUCUAGCACCAAUUUAUCUUUGACCAUUAGUUGACCAGAUUCUUUUGUAUUGGUAGCAACAAUAAACUUUUUAAUGUUUUGAACUCA